UUGCAGGAGUGAGGGGUGGAUGACAAGUGUUUCUUUUCUUUUUUUUUUGGGAAAGUUAAAGUGUUAAAGUUAAAGAGCCGCUGGUUGUACAAGUGGAAGGAAGGAGAUUAUUACUGGUGAGGAGGGAGACCUGCCUUCUUAGAACAACACACACUUUGGUAAUUUACUUCAAGAGCAGCUGGCAGCAGCAGCGGUAUAUAGUUCUACUUCUACAGCAGUUUGCUUCACACACUACAACAGUUGAGAAAAAAAAAAAAAAGAGAGAAAAACAGAUUCUAAAGGAGAAAAAAUGUUUAUUUAACAGAAGCAAAAUAUGUUAUUAAAAAAAAAUUGAAAAAAAAAAAGGAAAAAGUUAAUUUCAUUCUGGGAGAAACUAAGGAAAAAGAUUUUUGUGUGUGAAUAUUUGGUGUUUUAUAGAAACUAUUCUGUGGAUAUAUAACAUGGUUUAAUGAAAGAACCAAACAGGUUGGACAUGUAAGAUUCUUUAUCCGUUUAUUCUCAACGUUUUUCCUAUUGUUUUAAAGUCAGCUCAUACAAAUUAAUAAUUAUUUAUACGUUGGUUAAUUUUAAAAAAACUUUUCUGCAAAUUCUUUUCACAAAAUCUCAUUCCUUUCAUUGACUGACUUUAAAUAAAACAAAACAAAAACGAAACAAAAAAAAAAAAAUAAGCACCCCACUUCCUUCCCCAACCUCAUAAAUAAUAAUUAUUCUCUGUAAUGAAGAUGUUUAUUUCUGCAGGAGACCAUAGUGAUCUAACAGGUGCUAGUCACACCUAACAGAGUCAGUAACUUUCAGAACAGAAUUAAGAAAAAAGAAGACAAGCGAUUAGAACGCAAAACAAAACUGGUGACACAUUGUGAAAUCUAAGAUUGUUUAAUAAUUCCUCAUCAUUCAUCAUGCAUUUGUCAGUGUUAUUGGGUUUAAUAUUCUUGUUAUCAAAUGUGAUUGUAUCUGUUGUGGUAUCAGCAGCUUCAGACGAAUGUGUACUCAGUAUGGUGAUUCCAAGGAAUAAAAUUAAGAGUUCUUGUAGCGAUGUUGAAAGCUUGUCAAAAUUAGUUGAUAAAAACAGAGAGGACAUGUAUGAUUUCGAUAAAAAAAUGAAGUCAUUAAAACAUAUGUUACUGUCUCAUAUUCAAAGCAGUACGGGGAAAAGGAUGAGUGUAACUUCUCGAAUAAAUCGUCUUGAAAAGAUUAUUAACCAGCUGAUUGGAAAUCCUGAUAGCAGUAGGACUGGAGAAGAGCAUGGUCACCGUAAAACAGAUACAACUUCUCAUCCAUAUUACUAUGGGAGAUCAUCAAUAAACAAUCACCAAGUGAAAGACGAAGCUUUAGCUGAUGUGCCACAGUUAGAGACUAUUGUUGAGAAAUACACGUUGAAUGCCUUUCGCAAUGUCAACAACACCAUAUCGCAAGAGGUUGAUAAACGUUUUAAAGCAUAUGAAAAUAAUUUCAAUGAAGACCUGCAGAGAAGUCUAGAUGACAGCAUCCCUAGAGAUGAUAUUGUUCAAAAACUUGAUGAUGGAGUAAGAGCUGAACAACCAGUAUCAAGUGCUCGUAUUAUGUCGACGGUCCUUUCUGCAGAACUUAAAGAGUUGAGGAAAAAUAUUCGAGAACUGACAAGAAAAUAUCAGGAAAUGCAUAAAAAUUAUUAUUCUCUUGAAGAAAGACUGAGGAUUGAAAGUAACAGCAUUCAAGGACAACUUAAUGCAACCAAGGGAGUAACCCUCCAAGUCAAGAGAAAAGUUCAAACGAUUGAAAGAACUGCAAAUAAAACCAUAGCUGAGGUAAAGAUGUUGAAUAAAAAAAUCCCAAACCUAGAAGACUGGCGUUAUGAGAUCAAUAACUCUGUACACAGGGCAAAUAUUUCAGCAAUGAAGAACAUUCAUAGAAUGUCAAAUCAAAUUAAUUCAAGUUUGUAUGAAUACAUAGAUGAGAUUAUGGGUCCUUUGGAUUCCAAGAUCCAAGAAAUUGUAAUUGGUUCCCAGAAGCUUGAGGAACUCAUUUAUGACUUGAAACAUGAUCUUAAUGAUACACAAGAAAAACAUGCUGGAUCUCUGGACCAGGUCCAGUCCAAGAUCAGACAGAUUGAUGAUGGAAUGAAAUUGCACUUCCUGAAUAUUUCACAAAUUCUAUUCACAGCAAUCAGUGCUCUCAAAGGCACAGACAACCAAACCAUGGAGAAAUUACAGAAAUACAAUGAAAGCAUUAAUAUCAUGAAAGGCAAUCUACUGGGUAAAAUACAACAUGUAAACUUCACAAUGCAACUGCUAAAGAGUCAUACAAAGAACCAAAGUGAAGAGAUGCAGAAACAAGCCAAUGUUAUAAGACAUUUGAAUGAAAUUCUGAAUUCAACGUCUUUGAGAAUGAAUGCCAUGAAGAAGGAACUGCUACAGUUUCGAACUGAGGUGCUUGUUAAUUCUGGGAAAUGGGCACCCUAUAAUUUCUCAUUCCAUGAUAUCACAAGUGAUUGUUAUGGUACACGAUAUAUAAAGAAAAUUCCGUACCAUGUUGGAAGGUAUGUUGGUGUGAUACUUUGUGGUCAGCCUGAAAGAUAUAAAAUUCUUCUCAGUAACAGAAUGUUUUCAGGGUAUUUGGAUAUAGCAGACAAUUUUGGAUCAGGAGAUGACCACUGUGAAUUUGUAGGAUCCAGCCGAAGAACAUUUAAUUGCAAAGGCUCAAUCGAAACAAAAGAAGCAUUCGGAAGAUCCAAAUGGGGAGAAGAACCAAAAAGACAGAAAGUAGGAUUCCUUAAUCCUACAUGUUCAUGGUAUGAAUGUGGAAUUACCAUACCCUAAAAUUCAACAAAAAUACUGUAAUGAAAUCAAAUUUAAGUGAAAUUUGAAAUUUGAUGCAGCACAAGGCUAAAUUACUCUGAUGGUAUCACAAAACAGCUUUUUAAUUCCAAUAAUAAAACAAAUGAAUUAACAAUGAAUAGCCAACUAACGGAACAUUAC